UGCUCUUGUUUGUAGGUGUGAAAUUCUUCAAAUUUUUGAUUCCGAAUUUCUCCCCAAAUUGCCGCCGGCCUUCCCCUAGCUCGCAGCUCCGGUUUUGCUUGCUGGAUUUAUGGUUCUCUAUUAUUCUACCACCCUAGCACUUGGGUUAAGCCUUCCGUUCUGUCCGAUUUAAGGUUCUCGAUUAUUCUACCAUCCUAGCACUUGGGUUAAGCCUUCCGUUCUGUCCGAUUUAAGGUAAGUAAAUUUAUGGUAAUACCCAUACAAUUUUUUUUUGACUUGUUUUUGAAGUGGUUGCGGGACUAAACCCGUUUUAUAUAAAAGUAAGUAUGAUUGAUUUGAAGCGAAAUUUUUAUGCUUUUAUUAAAUUGAGCAUGCCUACUUGAAAUUUAAUUGAUUGUCCUUAUGAUUUGAAAGUGAUUGGUGAAUUAUGAUUUUUCUGUUAACUUCUGCUUAUUUUGUCUCUGAUAUGGUCAUAUUAUUAUUGUGCCCGCUAGUGGGAGGUUUAUAAACGCUAGCACAUGUCGACAUGUUAUUGAUAGAACCGGUUCGUUCGAGUGACCCUGCUAGUGAGGGUUAUACACCAGCAAAUAGUGUGCUUGCCAGUGGGAGGUUUAUAACACUGGUCGUGAGCUAUAGAGGAGACGUCUAUUUUGUUCCUGUACUGUAUCUGUUUUUCAUGAUUACACUUGUUGGCAUGCUAUAAGUUUAAUUAAGGGCACUCCAUAUUUUACUUACUGAGUUAUCUCAUAGUCUUUCUUUGUCCACCAUUUUAGGAAGCGAAGUCAAGGACAGGGAAAAACGAGGGGAGUGACGAGUUAGAAGGCUAGCCAUCUUGUAAAUUGAACAUAGAUUUUAGAUGUAGUCCAUGCUCUUAUAAACUAGAUUUUAAUUGGAGAUUUUAUGAUAUUAGAGAAAUUUUAUAAUUUUAUCUUUAGAUUUUGUGGUAUCAGAUUAUGGUAUGAUAAGUUCCGAGCCUUGUGCAUUUGUGGGACCCUCUUACGAGUGCACGACGUUUGUUACACCUCGGAUUUAGGUUCUGG